AUGCAACGUAGAACUCCACCCGAUGAGAUAGACCCUGAUAGAAGAACAUACGCUAAUGGCAAAGAUCCUAUUUCAGAGAGGCAAUUUGUGGUAGACAGCUUGCAGAAGAGGUUAGAUGAGGAAAUCGAAGCUUAUCAAAAGCAUUGUAUCCAGGUUGAAGCUGAAAUCUUUAACGUGUAUUCUUUUGCUGCCAUUUCCGAUGAAGAUUCUGAUAUUACAGCGGCAUUGGAGGAAGCCUGGAGCCUAGCAUGCCAGGGAAGCAAUAAAGACCAAAACACAGUUGUAAUUCCAAAGGGGACUUUCUCGUUGAAAGCCGUUACUUUUUACGGCCCAUGCGAUGCUCCAAUCACAUUUCAAGUUAACGGCAAUGUGAAGGCUCCGCCCGGCGCUUCUAUCGGCGGUGCCGAAGAAUGGGUUCAUUUCACUACCGUCCGGGGCCUAACCGUUUCUGGCACCGGCACGUUUAAUGGCCUCGGUGAAACUGCGUGGGGUCAAAACAAUUGCAAACAAGAUAAUAAUUGCGACCUAUCCCCCACGUCUAUAAAACUGAGCGGAGUGAGUGAUGCGUACAUCGGAGGCAUAACGUCGGUAAACAGCAAGUCGUCCCACAUCAAAAUCUUUGAGAGCCAAACCGUCGAGAUAAACGGCGUCAAAAUAGUAGCGCCGGACAAGAGCCCUAACACCGAUGGGAUCCACAUCUCCAGAUCUGACGGAGUGAAAGUGUUCAACUCCGACAUCGGCACCGGCGACGACUGCAUCGCCAUAAUCCGCGGAACAAAAAACGUCCACAUCAACAACGUCAACUGCGGCCCCGGCCACGGCAUCAGCAUCGGAAGCCUAGGAAAGUACGAGGACGAAGGCGACGUGAGCGGCAUCGUCGUCGAGAACUCCCGAUUAUCCGGCACCACAAACGGACUUCGGAUCAAGACGUGGGCGUCUCCUUACCCUAGCAAGGUGUUCGGCGUCACUUACAGAGACAUCGUUUUGCAGAACGUCGAUAAUCCGAUCAUCAUCGACCAGAACUAUUGUCCGAAUUCGAAUUGCGGAUCGGGGGGAGAAUCGCAGGUGAAGAUCUCAAACGUGAAAUACGAGAACAUCAAGGGAACUAGCAAUGACGAGAUUGCAGUGAUUAUGGAUUGCAGCAAAGCUAAUCCUUGCCGAGAUAUCACAUUGUCGCGGUUGAACAUAAAAUGGGGAAGUCAACGACAAACCAAGGCCAGUUGUUCAAAUUUCAAAGGGGAAUUCGUUGGAAGCAAUUAUCCUGCCAGGUGUGGUUAACCUGCUAUUUUAACUUGUUAACCUACCACGAAUAAACUUGAUAUAUGAUGUAAUAAGUCAUAUAGUUCAAUAGCAUAGACAUAAGACACUUGAUAUAUGAUGUAAUAAGUCUCCACUUUAAUAAUCUUUAUAUAUACAAUAAAUGUAAAUUAAUAAAUAAUUGUUUUUGAAACAC